CGGUGCGGCUACAUUCCAAAAAGGAAAAACCAAUUGACACUGAUAUCAAGCCAUCAGCGACCAACGUACGACGAAAAAGAAAGUUAUCUGAAGAGAUUACAAUGCAAGAAAAGAUAAAGUCAUUGGACGCUUCCUUAUCAACACCAGCUGAAGAAUUGCGCAAGUUGAAUAACGAAAUAGAUGAAACGAAGAUGAAUAUUAUGAAUAUCAACAAACAAAUUGAAUCCAUUGCCGACACAACACAUGAUGAUCUGGAAGACCUCCCAACAAAAGAUUUUUUAAUUAAACAGCGGGCAGAAAAGAAGCGACAGCGUGAUGAUCUACUUCGACGGAAGCUUGUUGUGUUACGGAAGAUAUCAGCCCUCAAGACAGAGAAGAAGGACCUCUUUGACGAGUUUUAUUCAACUGACACGACAGAUGUUAGCCUAUCCUCAUCAUCUACUGGUAACGAAUGGGAAAAUGGAAGUAUUUUUGUUGGAUGUGAUCCGGGUCUGGCAACCAUGGUCCAAGCUACAAGUGCUGAUGUCAAGAAAGUAAUGUACUAUUUGGCAAUCAACAAUCGCUAUCAACCAUUGGAAACAUUAGUAGAAAAGGUGGAUAGUGAUGGCGAUGAAAAGGAAAUGCUUACUUUGAAGAAAUACUCAAUUACCAGUAAACAUCUCGACGAUCAGACCUUCUCCAAACGCCAUCGCAAGGGAAUGGAAUUCAGAAAGAGAAGAGAUCAUCGCAAAUCUCAAGCUCAAGGUGUGCUUUCCGUCAAGCAAGUAGAAGAAAAGUUGGCUGGAUCAAUUGAUGUCCGUUUAUAUGAAACAAGUCUACAAAAAAUCAUGACAAAUCAUAAGGUAGGAUCAAUUAUUAUACAUCAUCACGGAGACCAAAAAAAAAAAAAAAAAAAAAAAAAAAAAAAAAAAAAAAAGACAAUGGAUAUUAAUGAAUGCAAUCAUUUCAAUUUAUCUAGUUGGUUAAGGAAAGUGCACCUGUUCUCCAGGAUUUUUACUGUGAUCAAAAAUACAAUCAGCGAUGGAAACGAACAGCAGUGAUAUACAGCGAAAAGGGAACACAUGUAGUCAUCAAGCAUCACCAACGACAAGUAAAAGAAGAACCUGGACGAAAACUACAUUACUUUUAUGGAAAGGCGGGCCGUGGUAGAAACUCACGUAUCGGUGGAUUUUUAAGAAGAGGUCAUGGACCCUUAUUACAAGC